GAAGAAUAUCGAGUCAAGACUACUUAGCGAACAAUUCUUUGUUGGCCUCUUUUACGUCCAUUGCGUCCGCACAACGGCUUGCGCGUUCCUAUCAUUUAUAUCCGAAGGAACUUUGAACCUUCCUAUCUUGGUCAAAGUGUCAACGUCGGCUGUGCCUCGGUCAUCCACCUCCACCUCCUCCCGGUCUCCCCGCUGCACCGCGACGAACAUCGCGACAUCUUCUUCCGAGUCUCUCCCCAGAGUAUAGAUUCUUGUCACGAUCUAGUAUAAGACCUGAGAACGGCAUCAUGUUUGUCCUACCUCCCCCGCCGCGGUAUCCCACCAUGGGGCCGUAUGGCACCAGCUCGAUACAUCCCGUGCCUAUGAUUGAGACCAACAACACAUUGUCAAAUCCGACUGGCCCCGAGUGGCAGUUUCUUGUUGGCGAGGGAACAUAUACGCUCAAAGAAGACCUACAUCUUGCGACACCUCCACCUCAUCCCUCAGAAGCUACAGUACCGAAUCCAAACCCGCUCUCGACUCACCCUCAACCAGCCACCGCCGGUACCAAUGUCUCGCUUGUUACUCUAGAUGCCCGGAAUGCUCCGCCGUUCUUUUACAAGGGUCUUUCUUCCACCACCCUCGCCUUGAGCGGUGCACCUUCGAGCAUUCAAGAGCAUCCGAAUGAAGGUCGUUACUCGGCCGAGGGAGGCAUGAGCAGCGAGGACGGUAGGGCCGGCUCAACGAGCGAUGCUCCAGCUACUUCUAUAACGCUGGGCUCUGCGCCAGCAUUUGGCGAGGGCAAUGCCUUGCUUGCGCAAGUACAGAGCAAGGACGUGAAUAAGAAGAGGAAGCCCAAGAACAACAUGACCAAGAGCAAUUCCUCCUUCAUCUCACGUGUUAUUGUCAACGAAGGCCUCUCUAGGAAGCUUACUGAGCGACCAAGUGAUGGAAUCUUCGCUUUUGCCAACAUCAACCGUGCUUUUCAGUGGCUUGACAUGUCUUCCUCAUCCAAGCAAGAUUAUUUGACCAAGAUUCUGUUCACCAAGGCUCACUGUCUGUGCCAUGAUGUGAAUACUCAUACAAAGACUGUCGCACACCUUGACGUUAUCAUGGGCUUCUCAACCGGAGAGAUCAUCUGGUGGGAGCCAAUCUCACAGCGAUAUACGCGACUGAACAAGAAUGGAGCCAUAAAUGGAACUCCAGUAUCAGCGAUCCGAUGGAUUCCGGGAUCUGAAAACCUGUUCCUCGCCGCCCACAUGGACGGGUCUCUGGUGGUUUAUGAUAAGGAGAAGGAAGAUGCCCAAUUCAAUCCUGAAGAGGAGGCAGUCAAUGGAAAUACAAGUGGCAGCAGUGGUGAGGCCAUAGACACAACCAACGGCAAUACUCACCCCAAUGGAAUCCGCAUCAACAAGUCGGUCCAUUCCAAGAACCAAAAGGCGAACCCAGUAGCGGCCUGGAAGCUAUCAAACCACCGCAUUAACGCCUUCUCGUUCUCUCCCGAUAACCGACAUCUGGCUGUGGUUUCUGAGGACGGAACACUUAGGAUCAUCGACUAUUUGAAGGAAGAGCUUCUUGACGUAUUCUACUCGUACUAUGGCGGCCUGACUUGUGCCUGUUGGUCUCCAGACGGGAAGUACGUCUUGACGGGCGGACAAGAUGACUUGAUUUCGAUUUGGUCGGUUGUCGAGUCUGCGCUGGUGGCAAGGUGUCAGGGACACCAGUCUUGGGUGUCUGCUGUUGCCUUUGAUCCUUGGCGAUGCGACGACCGCAACUAUCGUUUUGGAAGCGUGGGGGAGGAUGGGCGUCUUUGUCUCUGGGAUUUCAGUGUCGGCAUGCUUCACCGACCAAAGGCGCAAUCUGUCCGACAUCGGGGGUCUAUCUCGUCACGAUACACGGCCCUGCAGCGGGCAGAGACGGCGACCACGUCCAACUCGCGGCUGCGAUCCGACUCGAACCUCGAUGCGGAGGACGAAGAGGUUGUGAUUCAACACCCUGUUGAGCCUCGAGCUCGGAUCCCUAUGCUCCCCCCUGUGCUUAACAAGUCGAUCGAUACGCACCCGGUGUGCUGGUUAGACUUUACAGAAGACGCCAUUAUCACGAGCUGCAAGUCAGGACAUAUCAGAACGUGGCUACGUCCUGGGUCGGAACUGGCGGCACAGACCGAAGGAGCAUCAGCCCCGGCAGCGGCAUCAUGAUAGAUGGAUCGGUGAUGAAAAAGCUUUCACAGGCUUUGAAACGAGGGUGAUGACGAAUUGCAGUUGAUGACGAGCUUUUUUUUUCUUCUCCGUGCUGACCAAACAGACGACCAGCAAAUGGAUACGGUACUUGGGGAGUGGCUGUUGUCGUUUCCAUUAUUGGUUGCUUCAGGGAUAGCGGUCCCUCGCUUGGAUUUGAUGAUGUAUGAUAGAUAGGGAAGGGGAAUCCACUUUGAGUCUUGAUUCUG